AUGCUCAAGUCGACCUACAAGCCCGCCCCCGCCCCGCCGCCGCUCCCGCCCGGCUGGUCCGAACACAAGGCUCCGACAGGCCAUUCCUACUAUUACAACGCUGAAACCAAGCAGUCGACAUACCAGCGCCCCAUUUCCUUGCCCCAACUGUUCCCGAACCAGCUGCCCCCCAUCGACCCCCAGCAGCCUCACCAUCAUCAUCAUCAUCAACAACGCCACCAACAACCUCCCCAAAUUUCGCGCGGCAAAGCAAAUUAUCCCGACCGUCGCAGACACCAUCCCGAUGACCGUCCAAAGCACGUGUACCUCAUACCUGGAUGUGCGCCAUGGUUGUUAGUCAAGACCAAACUUAGAAGGCGCUUCGUGCACAACCCCCACACGAACGAGAGCUUUUGGAAGUUCCCGCAAGAUGUGAUGAAAGGUGUGGUUGAGUUCGACCGCAUUGAGCGCGAGCGGCGCGAGCGGCGUGAACGAGGCGAAAUUAGCGAUGACGACCUGAAUGAUAGUGAAGCUGCUGCCGCCGAAAUGGCCGCCCAAGACGCCAAGACUGUCCCGCGGGUUGUUACGACCUCUACGGCAGAGCCAAAGGCCUAUGAUAGCGAUGAGUACGAAGAAGUCGAAGUUACUGAUGACGAGGAUGCCGAGAACGAAGAUGGUCCAUCGAAGCGGCAGAAGACGGACGAAGAAGCAGAUGAACAGCCCGUCGAGUUCAACGAAGACGAUAUUGCAUACCAGUUGGCAGCCAUGGGUGAAGAUUAUGGCAUGGAUCCAGGCUCUUACGAAAAUGGCGAGGAUGAUCAAUGGGAGGAAGGUGCCGAGGGUUUGCCUUUGACUGAAGAGGACUCCAAAGCACUGUUCAAAGACCUGUUAGAUGAUUAUCACAUCAACCCAUUCACUACAUGGGAAAAAGUCAUCGAGGAAGGUCGUGUCAUUGAAGACGACAGAUACGUCGCUCUGCCAAACAUGAGGUCUCGCAAGGAAGCCUGGAGCGAAUGGUCACGCGAACGUGUUGCCCAGCUCAAAGAACAGCGCGAGAAGGCCGAAAAGAGGGACCCGGCAAUCCCAUAUUUGGCUUUUCUGCAGAAGCACGCUACUCCUAAACUUUAUUGGCCUGAAUUCCGGCGCAAGUACAAAAAAGAGCCUGAAAUGAAGGACGCCAAGCUUCUCGACAAAGACCGCGAAAAGUGGUAUCGCGAGCACAUCAAUCGCCUCAAACUUCCGGAGAGCACGCGCAAAUCGGACCUUUCUGCUCUUCUCAAGUCACUGCCGCUGCCUGCCCUUAACCGCUCCACGAGCCUCGCUGCGUUGCCUCCAGCACUACUGACAGACCUGCGCUACAUCUCGCUGUCUGCAUCGGUACGUGAUUCAAUGAUUGAAGCAUAUAUUUCCACACUGCCUCCAGCGCCGGAGGCUACGGGUCAGCCGAGCGAGGAGCUAGAGGAGGUCGAGAGACGGAAGAGGGAUCGAGAGAGGAGAGAAAAGGCGCUAGCGGAGCGCGAGAAAAGGGUACAGGAAGAAAAGUGGAGACAAAGGAAGGACCUUGAGUAUGGAAAAGGUCGUCUGAAAGAGGAGGAAGAAGAACUGAAGAGAGCCAUGAGGGUUGGCAAGGGCGGCCUCAAAGCACAAUUGGGCGGGGGGACAAGGAGCAGGAAAAAGUGGAGUGACUACGAGUUCUCUCGUGACCUGAAGCACCAGGGAUGUAAGGAUAGGCAGCUGUAG